AAGGCAAGGACAAGACAGCCCAUUUGCUGCGGUCUGUGUUGUGUGCUCUGCAUUGUGUGAUAGUUGUUUGGAUAGUCGCAGCCCCGGCUUGGAGACAAUUUUCUCACCAGUGACAUCAGCUCUGCUCUGCGCAUUUACAGUCGGCACAAGCUGGGACAGUCAGAACAGAACUAGCGGUCAUCCUCGAGAAAAAGGGAAGCGAUAGGACACAGGUGCAGUGAAAUAAAACUGGCGGUGCUCUUAGGAUGCAGAAGUCACCCGUGGAAGAUGCAAACUUCCUCUCCAAAUAUUUCUUCUGGUGGACAUCUCCACUGUUGAGGAAGGGCUUCAGAAAGAAGUUGGAUUUGACAGAUAUCUAUAAAGCACCAUCGUUUGAUCUCGCAGACAAUCUUUCUGAACGACUAGAAAGAGAAUGGGACCGUGAAGUGGCAUCGGCCAAGAAGAAGCCUCGGCUCCUGCGGGCGCUCUCCCGUUGUUUCCUCUGGCCUUUUGUGUUCUACGGAAUCCUGCUGUACUUUGGGGAGGCGUCGAAGACAGUGCAGCCCCAGCUCCUGGGCCGUAUCAUUGGCUCGUUCGACCCCUUUCAUGCCCCGGAGCGGGAGCAAGGCUACUAUCUGGCCCUGGGUCUCAGUCUUCUCUUCGUCGCUCGCUUCCUGCUCCUGCAGCCAGCCAUCUUUGGACUGCACCACCUGGGCAUGCAGAUACGCAUUGCUCUCUUUAGCCUCAUCUAUAAGAAGACUCUGAAGCUGUCCAGCCGAGUCCUGGACAAGAUCAGCACAGGUCAGCUGGUUAGCCUGAUGUCAGCCCACCUCAACAAGCUGGAUGAGAGCCUUGGCCUGGCCCACUUUGUGUGGAUCACCCCUCUGCAGUGUAUCCUGUGUGUGGGUUUGAUCUGGGAACUGAUAGAGGUCAAUGGUUUCUGUGCCCUGGCUGCCCUCACCCUGCUGGGCAUCGUACAGGCCUGCCUCUCACAGAAGAUGGGGCCUCACAGGCAAAAAAGAGCAGGGAUGAUCAGUCGUCGCCUGGCUCUGACCUCAGAGAUCGUAGAGAACAUCCACUCAGUGAAGGCCUACGGCUGGGAGGAGGUGAUGGAGACCAUCAUCAAGAACAUCAGACAGGAUGAGAUGUCAUUGACGAGGAAGAUUGGUUCUCUGCGUUACUUCUACAGCGCCUCCUACUUCUUCUCUGCCAUCCUGGUCAUUGUGUCAGCCAUUGUGCCACACGCCCUAAGCAAGGGCAUUAUCCUGAGGCGGAUCUUCACCACUGCCUCCUACUGCAUGGUGCUCCGUAUGACCCUCACCAGACAGCUGCCCGGCUCCAUACAGAUGUGGUACGACACGCUGGCGCUGGUCACAAAGAUAGAGGAGUACCUCUGCAAAGAGGAGUACAAAGUAUUGGAGUACAACCUGACCACCACUGAGAUAGAGUUGGUGAACGUGACCGCCUCCUGGGAUGAAGGUAUCGGGGAGCUCUUUGAGAAAAUUAAGCAGGAGAACAAGGCUAACGACCACCCUAACGGUGACGCAGGGUUGUUCUUCACAAACCUGUACGUCACACCCGUCCUCAAGAACAUCAGCCUGUACCUGGAGAAGGGGCAGAUGCUGGCCGUGGCUGGAUCCACCGGCUCUGGGAAGAGUUCCCUGCUGAUGAUGAUCCUGGGGGAGCUGGUCCCGUCCGAGGGGAAGAUCAGACAUAGUGGGCGGAUCUCCUUCUCCCCCCAGACCUCCUGGAUCAUGCCCGGAACCAUCCGUGACAACAUCCUGUUUGGCCUGACCUACGACGAGUUCCGCUACACCUCUGUCAUCAAGGCCUGUCAGCUGGAGGAGGAUCUGGCCCUGCUGCCGGAGAAAGACAAGACGCCCCUUAUGGAGGGAGGGGUGACCCUAAGUGGAGGUCAGAGGGCGAGGAUAGGCCUGGCCAGAGCUGUGUAUAAAGACGCCGACCUCUACCUACUGGAUUCACCUUUUACCCACCUGGACAUUGUGACUGAGAAAGAGAUCUUUGAGAGGUGUCUGUGUAAACUGAUGUCCUCCAAGACUCGUAUCGUGGUCACUAGUAAGCUGGAGCACCUGAAGAGAGCGGACAAGAUCCUUCUGCUUCACAACGGCGUGUGUUACUUCUACGGCUCCUUCUCCGAGCUGCAGGCCAAGAGACCAGACUUCAGCUCCCUGCUCCUGGGCCUGGGGGCCUACGACAACAUCAACGCCGAACGCCGCAGCUCCAUCCUCACCGAGACCCUCCGACGCGUCUCUAUCGAUGAAUCCGCCGUCUUCCGUGGCCCCGAACCCAUCCACCAGUCCUUCCGCCAGCCCCCGCCACCGAUCAUCUGUACAAACAAUGGCCCUCAAGCCAUCACCGUUGCCGGGGGCGACGGUCUCACAGCAGUGGAAAAACGUAAACAGUCAAUUAUCCUUAAUCCGUUAGCGUCGGCCCGUAAAUUCUCCUUCAUCGGUACGGGGCCACAGAAAGCCCAGGCUCCUCCACCCGGGUCCACCACUAUCGAGGAUGCUGUGCGAGAGCUGUCAGAGAGGAAGUUCUCAGUGGUGCCCGAGGACGAUCAGAUUGAAGAGUCGCUGCCGCGGGGGAACCAGUACCAUCAUGGCCUGCAGCACCUGAGCGGGCAGCGCCGCCAGUCUGUGCUGCAGUUCAUCACCAACGCCCGGGGGGAGGGCAGGAGGGAGCAGCUCCAGACGUCCUUCAGGAAGAAGCUGUCCAUCACGCCGCAGUGCGAGCUGGCCUCUGAGCUGGACAUCUACGCACGACGCCUGUCCAAAGAUAGUGUCUAUGACAUCAGCGAGGAUGUGGACGAGCAGGACAUGGAGCAAUGCUUUGCAGACGAGCGUGAGAACGUGUUCGAGACGACGUCGUGGAACACCUACCUGCGUUACAUCUUCACCAACAGGAACCUCGUCUACGUCCUCAUCUUCAUUUUCCUCGUCUUCGCUGUAGAGGUUGCUGGCUCUGUCCUGGGGAUAUUUCUUAUCACAGAUAAGAUCUGGACAGAGGAGGCCAACCCGUCGGCGCCGAACUACGUAGACCAGCAACACGCCAACGCCUCGUCACCCGCCGCCCAAAAGCCAGUCAUCGUUACGCCGACCAGUGCCUAUUACAUCAUCUACAUCUACGUGGCGACGUCGGAGAGCGUUCUGGCGCUGGGGUUCUUCAGAGGCCUGCCAUUGGUCCACACUUUACUGACCGUGUCCAAGAGGCUGCAUGAACAGAUGCUGACCGCUGUGCUCAGGGCCCCCAUGGCCGUACUCAACACUAUGAAGACCGGUCGGAUCAUGAACAGGUUCACUAAAGACAUGGCCACCAUCGACGACAUGCUUCCCCUUGCACUGUUUGACCUCAUCCAGUUAACUCUGAUCGUGCUGGGUGCCAUAUUUACUGUGUCCAUCAUGAGGCCGUACAUCUUCAUUGCCGCGAUCCCAUUGGCCGUCAUAUUCGUGGUUCUGAGGAAGUACUUUCUGCAUACGGGACAGCAGCUCAAACAACUGGAGGCUGAGGCCCGUAGCCCUAUAUUCUCCCACCUCAUCAUCUCUCUGAAGGGUCUGUGGACUAUACGUGCGUUUGGUCGUCAGUCCUACUUUGAGACGUUGUUCCACAAGGCCCUGAACACCCACACGGCCACCUGGUUCCACUACCUCGCAACGCUGCGAUGGUUCCUCUUCCGCUGUGACAUCAUCUUCGUCUUCUUCUUCUCCGCCGCAGUCUUCAUCGCCGUGGGAACCAACCAGGACAAGCCUGGGGAGAUUGGCAUCAUCGUAGCCUUAGCCAUGCUCAUCCUUGGGACGUUCCAAUGGGCUGUCAUUACCAGCAUCACUGUGGACGGACUGAUGCGAUCGGUAGACCGGGUCUUCAAGUUCAUCGACCUGCCUCAAGAGGAGCCCAGACCCAGCGGUGGAAGUGGUAAAGGAACAGACCUGGUGAUCGACAACCCCCACGCCCAAGACUGCUGGCCCAACCAGGGCCACAUGGACGUCCAAGGACUGACCGUCAAAUACACAGAGGCUGGACGCUCCGUCCUGCAGGACCUCUCCUUCACUGUGGAAGGAGGACAGAGUGUGGGUGUGUUGGGGAGGACGGGUUCAGGAAAGAGCACCUUGCUCUCUGCCCUCCUGCGGCUGGCCUCUACAGACGGAGAGAUCUCCAUCGAUGGGGUCUCCUGGAACUCUGUCACCCUACAGACCUGGAGGAAAGCCUUCGGCGUGGUGCCACAGAAAAUCUUCAUCCUGACUGGUACAUUCCGUAUGAACCUGGAUCCACACGCUCGCUACAGUGACGAGGAACUGUGGCGGGUGGCUGAGGAGGUGGGUCUGAAGUCCGUGAUAGAGCAGUUCCCAGACAAGCUGGACUUCCAGCUGGAGGACGGGGGUUACGUCCUGAGUAACGGACACAAGCAGCUCAUGUGUCUGGCCCGCUCCAUCCUCAGCAAGGCCCGCAUACUGCUACUGGACGAACCCAGCUCAUUCCUCGACCCCAUAACAUUGCAGGUCCUGAGGAAGACGCUGAAACAGUCGUUCUCCAACUGUACAGUCAUACUGUCAGAACACAGAGUGGAACCACUGCUGGAGUGCCAGUCCUUCCUGAUGAUCGAGGGCAGUUCUAUGAAGAGGUAUGACUCCAUUCAGAAGCUGUUGAAUGGGACCAGCCACCUGAAGCAGGCCAUGAGUGCUGCUGAGCGCCUCAAACUCUUCCCCCUGCACCGCCUCAACUCCAGCAAGCGACCCCCUCAAUCCCAGCAGCCCAAGAUCACCGCCCUGCAGGAGGUGGCUGAGGACGAGGUCCAGAACACGCAUCUUUAAGGAGCCCCGGAUUAACUGGACGCCAUUUUGUCUACUGGAAUGCUCUUUCUCGAUGAAACUCUCCUCGUUGCCUUGCAUCCUCUCUCCUCGACUCCUUGUCAAAACACAUUGGAAAAGUAGGCCUGAGGAGGGACCUUGAACUUUCUCCUCCGAUAUGGUUGAGGAGGCAAGGAGAUAGGUUGCAAGGAAUCGUGGAAAGAUGCGCUGCUGACUCAUCCAAGUGCCUCUAGUCUAGAUGAUAAGAGUGUGAAUGUGAGAUGUGUUCGGUCCUUAUUGGUACACGCAGGGCUCUGUUCAAUCAAAAGACACCAUCCUGGUGUUUCCAGAGUGAGAUUUGUUUCACUUUGAAAACAUUGGAAUGCCAGUUUUGUUUGAGUAUAUAAGGCCACACUUUUUAAGCAAGAUUGUAAGAAGCAUACUCAAAAGCUGCCUGUAAAUACAGAGUAGGAUGACAUUGAUCUGAGGUCAGUUUUGUUUCCCUCCCAAUGGUUGUUAGGAGUUGGAAGGAAAAGUGUGCCGCAGGGCAACUUAUAUUCAAAGCUAUAAAUACACAAAACAGGAAUGAAUGGUGGGUGAUGCUAUGGACAAGUGUUUCUAUUUGUAUGCACUUUAAAGAAACCAGAGGCACUUUUUCAUGGUAGGUUAAUAGCAAGGAAAAUAAAUUAUCAAAUGCUGCAUUCAUUUUUUUUUUUAAUGCUUUUUCAAAUGUGAUUUGUCAAGCUCCCUCUUGUACUUCUGGAAUUUAAAUAUUUUUGUGUCCUUUCUGGUCUUUUUAUUUGGCACAUUGCUCCUUAGUGAUAUUAGACAACAGUUUUUAUAACGAUACGAUAAAAUAUGGUACCGUGGUUACUGGUUAGACACCUUGAAAUGUAACCGACUACAGCCAAUUUUUUUGUGUAAGAAAAGCUCUUUCUUAUUCAUCGGAAAGAGACGCAGGUCCAAAAAUGUAUAAAUUGUUUUGUUUUCCCAUUAGAAUAUUCUGAUUUCAAAUAAUUAUAUUUCCUGUAAAACGAUUUUGAUAAAAGACAAGGUCAUUGGUAAGACAGUGUUUCU